CCGGAGGAGUUCGGAAGUAAUUGCACCCGCGCACUCGUCCGUGAGAUGUUGGUGGCGCAGUGUCUGGCCCCCACAAUCAACACGUGCACAGACGGAGACUUUGUCAAUCGACAGAUCUUGGCCUGGUUCCCUCCCAAGGAGUUUGCUGAUCGCAUGAACAAU